AGUAAUAGUACAGGCAGUACAAGAAUAUGUCCAGAUGUGUGGCUGUUUGGGACUGACAGAGGUUUGCGAAAUACCACUGAACCUGCUUGGUAGGAAUGGGAACGGGCUCAAACUAAGGAGAGGAUUUAUCCCAGGAGCAUGAGUUCAGGUUCUUACGUGGUGCCUGGCUCUCAGUGGCAAGUGCUGGCAGUGACCUCUGUCUGGCAUCUUCCUAUUCUCAGCUCCAGGUCAUAGGUGUGCCCAUGUUCAGGAGAGACUGACAGGCCUGGCCCUGAUGGGGACACGGGGGCCUGUUACUGGCUGCCACACGAAAAUCAAUGGUGAGAGGUGGGACGAUUUGCUAAGGAACCAGGGUGACGGAGCACAUCGGGCUGCGGAGGGUGCUGGACAGGGAAAAGCAGAAAAUGUCCCCUUCAAGGGUCCCUUAGCCUGUAAGUGACUCAAUCCUCAAUUCCAGGUCAAUGCUUUUCUCCACGUGUAAUAAGUCUUCCUAAAGACUUGAACGACUCCUGCAUUUUCUGCCUCUCCAGACUCCACCUGCCCCGAGCUUGGUCCAGCAACUGUGCGCCAGAGGAUAGCUGGGUUUGGGCGGUCAUGGAGGUCAAACUGGGGUGGGCUAUCUGGUCAUGCUCUCUGCUUUGUUUCCAGCGAUCUUCAGGGCUUUGCUCAGAGUCCGGAAAUUAAGGGGCCAGGAGGGCAGCCGGGGAGCCCAGAGACCUAAGGAUUUUGUUGUCAGAAACGGAUCCCAUCCAGGAGCAGGGGGCAUGGACCACAGCGAGGGGGUCAUCCAAGCCCCAGCCAGUACCACGGCGCCUCAGGAACUGCUGGAAGAAAUGCUUUGGUUCUUCCGGGUAGAAGAUGACUCUCCUUGGAAUUACUCCAUCUUUGCACUGGUGGGUGUGGUGGGCUUGAUAAGUUUCAUCCUCCUGGGAAGGAGCAUCCAGGCAAAGAGAAAUCAAAAGCUCCUGGGGAAAAACAAACCAGAAAAACAUACUCCAGAAGUCCAAGACGUGGCUGAGGCUGAAACCAGAGAUGACAAUAAGCUGAACACCCUAAGAGAGACUUUGCUCUCAGAAAAUCACAAUUUAGGCCAGGUGGAAAUUGAGUUACAAGAGAGAGAUGCGUCACUGGUUCUCCUUCCAGACCCACAAGAAUCGGAGACCUAGUGAGAUUUCAGAGCCCUGCCCCAUGUCGUCAGCAGAUAGAUGAAUGAACUGCAAUCAAACUAAUAUUCUGUUACGGGGGGGGGAACCCGCUUUUUAUUAAAAUGCUUCUGGAAGUGGGCAUUUGGAAUUGCAUAGUUUGUUCAAACAGUGGUGUUCCAACACAAGCGGCUUGGAGCGAGAGUGUGAAAUCCAUAGCCGGCCUGUGGGUCUGGAAACCUGGCUAGGACUCCUCAUGUGGUCUUGAGGAGUUCACAGCCUCCCUCUGACCUCAGCUUCUCCAUCCACAGAAUGGGGCUAAAGUCUGGGUUAGAGCUGUUGUUCUUAAUCCAAGGUCCUAGAAUUGCCAAGAGCAGGGUUCCAGGCU